AUGGUGGUUACAGAAAGUCUUCGUACUGUCACCUACAUGCGGAAUAAUGCUGCCACAGGUGAUGGUGGCAGCAAUGGGACAUUCUUCAGGGUUGUUCUCCUAGUUCGUAGAGAAAAGUAUGAUGAAGCACUUGAAUAUGUCAAAAGAGCAAGGAAGUGUUUGGCAACUGAGCUUGCUGCUUUGGUCAUCGAUUACUGUACUCUUCUAGUUGGCAACUCUAUUUCCUUAAACGUCAGGUCAUCAUUAACUAUUCUUGUCUCCCAGCAGCUAAUCGUCCUGUUCAUGGACCCCGGUAAAAUCCUGCACCUAGUUGAUCAACUUUGUCUGGACCUGAAUGAUGAGUUCAGGAGAUAUCUUCCUAUAAUUCUUCUAUCUGGAUAUGGAAAGACUCCACAUUAUAUGAAAGUUGAUCGGGACAAAUGGGCUGAUGAAGAUGAUGAUGCAGGUCCUGCUGCUGACCUUGACAUGGGAGGGGUGGAUUUCUCAAGUGGCCCUGACAUUGACAUGACAACAGAGGAUACAUGGGGCGUCAACUACCAAGCCCUACAAGAUCUGUUUGAAUUACCGGAGGCAAGGAUGGAUGUAAUAAAGUAUGAGGUUGGAGUUCAAAUGAUUGAAAUAUACAAUGAACAAGUCAAAGAUUUGCUGAUAAAAGUCAGAUUCGAUUUCCAAUUUGGUGUAUCUCCCAAGAUUCUGGACCCUGUAUAUCUAGGACACGAGUUUCCUCUUCCUCUACAUUUAGCAGAAUCAGAGUCUACCCAAACUUGUGAAAUCCAUGCACACAAAGGUGAUAGGGUGAAAGUUCAUUAUCGGGGGAAACUUACUGAUGGAACUGUUUUCGAUUCCAGCUUUGAAAGGGGUGACCCAAUUGAAUUCGAACUUGGUACUGGUCAGGCUAGUGAACAGUCUCAUGGCCCUAUGAUUGAACCUUCAAAUGAAAUCUCUAGACUUAUGUUUCUGUAUUGCAGGAUUGGGCCAAUGAACUCUGAAAUCAAGCAAAGAAAGUUAAUGUUGGAUACGAUAGAGGCUGGAGAAGAACUGAUGCCACAUAGGAUUCCGGUUGACACAGGUGACUUUGGAGAUACACCAAAUGACUUAAAUUUCUGCUUAAAUGGUCUCAUAUGGCCUGAUCGGACUCCUCACCCUGCUGUAAAUGAGGUCAAGUAUUGCUAUCAACCAAUUAAAAUUUUGUUCACCAAUGGCGUAAUUAAGGUGAUGUUGGUUCUUGAAACGAGACUCAAGAUAUCAUAUUUUGGCAUGGCUAGAAGCUUUGGAGGAACCGAGACUCAAGCAAAAGUAAACACACAGAGAUUUGUUGGCACAUAG